AUGGCUGAACCUCCACAUGAUCCCAAAAUUAGUCAACAAGACCAUCCACCACCACCUGUCCAAACAAGCCCUCCUCCUCCUCAUCCACCAAUACAACCACCGCCACCACAUACUAUAUUGCACCAAGCAGAUGAAAAACUAGAAUCUCCAAGAAAGGUUCAAAGAACCUCCACCUCUAGUGGCUCACCUAGCAGCCGCCCCACCAGUGGUAAACACCCCCUAUACCGUGGAAUAAGGAGCCGAAGUGGCAAAUGGGUGUCAGAGAUUCGUGAGCCAAAAAAGACUACACGCAUAUGGCUAGGGACUUACCCUUCACCGGAGAUGGCCGCAGCAGCCUAUGAUGUGGCGGCGCUAGCCCUAAAAGGGAGUGAUCAUGCUUUAUUAAACUUCCCUGAUCGAGUUAGUACAUAUCCGGUUCCGGGUUCGCCUUCACCUGCUGAGAUUCGACGAGCAGCCGCAGCUGCAGCGGCCUUGAUGAAGCCGGUAAGCAAUACUGAGGACGUGGUGGUUGAACCGCCGGGAGAUGGUGGUUCAGCAAAUGCGCAAGUGGAGCGUGAAUUUAUAGACGAAGAGGCACUUUUUGAUAUGCCUAAUUUGCUGGUGGACAUGGCGGAGGGAAUGCUUGUUAGCCCACCAAGAAUGACUUCGCCGCCGUCAGAUGGCUCGCCGGAAAAUUCUGAUUCUGAAAGCCUGUGGAGUUACUAACAGAAUUUCAAUGAAUUUUUUUUUUUUUUAGAAAACGUAUUAAUUGUUCCUUAAUUUGAAUUUGGGACAAUACAUUUAGUUGUUAGAACAGAAGGAUGAAUGAUUUAUCCAAUGAAUGUUAUGCAAUUGCAUCUUUGUGAGACAGAAAAUUGAUAUUUUGUCAAUUAUAUGUUUUGCUUUUUGGAAGCAGAAUAGUGAAAACCUAAAACCUAAUGGGAUUUUUUAGGGUUCCAAAAAAAGUAUUUUGUAAUAGUUUGAUUUCGAAAUCUCUCUAUGUCUGUAUGAAUUUAUAGUAUAAAUGUGUAAUGAACUAUGAUGUUUUCAACCCAAGGGACAAGCAUGAUGAAUGCAAGUUUAGUUUCUUUAAUUUU